AUGGCAAAGGAUUCGAGCAUCGAAGAAACCAAGCAGACGCUCGUGCAGCGCUUCAGAGCAUGGGGUGAAAACUCAUUCCCGCCUACUCUGCUCGCCUCGCUCAUCACCGCGCAACAUGCCCGCCCUUUCCAGGUCUUCCCCAUGCUCUUCACUCCUGUCCUUCUCUUCACCAGCUAUGCCAACCUGCAAGGCUUCAAGACUGAUACCGCCGGUAUCAGCGCUGCCUGGUCAGGCCUAUACUUGCUCCUCGCCAGCCGGCGGCGCCAACCACUGAAACAGAAGUUCGGAGCCCGCGGACUCGUGCGCGGUGGAACAAUGGCUCUCUGCUUGGUGAAUAUGGUCGGUGGUGGACUUGCAUACACACUUGGAAAGCGUGAGCAGGAGGACUCAUGA